AAUAGAAGCACGAGAGCGAGCGUCAUAUCACUGACAGCAGCCAACGGUGUCCACCGCCAGGCUUCCGCUGUGUUAAGACUUUUUUUAAAGCGCUUUUUAAAAUGGAGCAUGGAGAGACUCGUCCUCCGGAGAAGAGGCGCAGGAGACGCCGUAUUAUUUUAAGUGUCGUCGCUGUCCUGCUGCUGAUUAUUGUCGUCGCCGUUGUGUUGGGACUGACGGUCCAGCAGAACACACGCACACUUAAGACAACAUUCAUUGAGAGGUGUGAGGAGUUCAAGGGAUACGACUGUCAAAAGCUUUGGGGUGUGUUUGAGCGAGCCUACGUAGGGCUGGACCCGUGUGAGGUUCCCAUGGAAGCCUAUGACCCUUUGAUGGCCGCGGUCCCCUUCAAGCCUGAAUGCAACAGAAAGAUAUUCUGGAGCAAAACGAAGGAUGUGGUCCAUGACUUCACUGAGAAGAGGGAUUGUUUUUACACCGUCGAGAAAACUCUGUUGGGAGCGGUGCUGAACGGGCUGACCUGGUGUGGAAAGGAGGGCAGCAGUGAAACGUUCACUACCGGCUGCCCGGGAUGGACCGACUGUGCGAACAACACUGUUCGCUCCUUUUGGAACAGAGUCUCAGCCUCUUUUGCAGAUGUGGCCUGUGGUGACGUCGCAGUGAUGCUGAACGGAUCCAUCGCCACACCAUUCCAUCCUGCAAGUGUGUUUGCGAGCAUCGAGGUGAAGCGGUUCCACUUUCCCAGGGUGAAAAGCCUGAAUGUUGUUCUGGUCACACAGGAGAACUUUGUGACAAACUGCACAAAUGCAUCUUUAAAGGACUUGCAGAAAGAGCUGGAUCAAGGAAUGACCUACGACUGCAAGGAAGUGUCUGAAGCUCAGAUCCAGGAGUGCAGCUCUAAUCCAGAGAAACCCUGUGGAGCCUGUUGGUGAACUAAAUAUCAGAUCAUACAAGACACGAUAAUAACCAGCUGUGAAGUUCAUCUCUGUAAAGUCUUUGUAUAUUAGAUAAUGUGCUAUUAUUAUGCAGGGACUUGUUUUUGUACCUGUGGACCAGUUUGAUUUAAUGUGAAAUGUUUUGUAUGAAUGUCACUCACACGUUUUUAUAAUAUGACAGCGCACCUUUUCUUUUAAUCAAAUCUUAAGAGUUGUGGUAAAGUGUCGUGUACCGUAGGGCGAACUUCCAGUGCUGCUUUCUAACUCCACUGACAAGCUCCUCACCUGGUGGCACAAUCUGAAAUGAUUUUAAAUAAAAUGUUAAAAUAC